AUGACGAGCGUUAAUGGCUCGACUGUCCACGAAGCUUUUGCGCUUAUGGCGACGCUAUUAACACCACACGUACCUGUGCGUUAUCUAGAACUAAGCGGUCGUCUUCUACAGCGUCGACAGAUGGAAGAAGUUUUUCAAGAGCGUGCAGCUGCUAAACUCUGUGCCUUUCCCAGCUGUGAUACCUUACUGUCCAAGUCAAGAGGCAAGCUACGGGUUUCAUUGGCUCGUAAAGAGAUCUAUGAUGCUUCUUAUGAGCAGCAAUUCUGCUCACAGACGUGCCUUAAGAAAGCUCGUGUCUUGCUGUCCAGAUUGGCUCAGAAACCCCCACAGCUGGCACCAUCGUUGAUCGACGUAUUUGGCACGGAUAAACCCAAUCCUAUCGACUACGAAGACGAUACAAAGUCGAUUGUAAACGUCAAGAAUCCAGUAAUACAGAAUCCAAGGCCAAUGCCAAAGGUCAGAUCGAUAUGGGCCAAGACACACGAUCUUGGUAUUGUUGAAAGGAGACACUCGACGGCAAAUUCAAUGGCUAUGGGUGUUCCACCAGCAUUGGAAAAGAUGAGCUUGAAGGAGAACCAAGCACCUGCACUUCCUGACAGAAACUUCCCGACGGCUGAGCAUGCGAUGCUUAUCGAAGGCUACGUGUUUCCAGCACACAAGCAGAAACUGGCGAAAAAAGUGGAGAAGAUAGUAAAAAAAAGUCAAGAAGAAGAAGAUGAUGACGAUGAUGUCAUAGUUAGCGACAGCGAUGAGAGCGAUGCGGCUGCAAGUGACGUGUCUUCUGCUGGCAGCUUUGAGAUCUCGGAUUUUGAUGACGGAGAAGUGGUGAAUCUGAAUGACCUGCCAUUAUUUUGCCACCUCUGGGGAUUGUUUUCCAAUUGGAUUACCCAUGAAACGACACUAUUAGUGGCAGGACAACCUUUUUCUAAUAAGAACGAGGAGAUGGACGACCAAGAUCCCUUAGUUGGAGGGCCAGAAAAGGCCGAGGCUGCUGCUGCACGCCGUCGUGCGCGUCAAACUCGUUUGGAGAGGUGGAAUUCUCUCUCUCUUAUGCUGCGGCGUCCGUUGCCUCAAGUAGCACUCAAGCUCAAACUUGCCAGCGACCGGUUUGCAAACCACCGUAUCGACACUAUUACAGAGACAUUUACACUUCGUGACGCCAUUGACACCCAUAACACGCACCAGUGGACCUGCAUCGCAACAAUUUUGAUGCUUGUAGCUUACGAUAUUAAACCCAAUGAACUUGCAGAAGGAGAGCGAAGUAAUCAAGUUAAAACACUGACCAAGCUGGACUCGUCGGAGCUUCACCAGCUGCUCCAAUUAUUUUAUGAAGUGCGAAAGGAUAGCGAUGUUGCCGUGGAUAUGGAUGUGGAUCCUGUACCGGAGGACGUGCCUAGUACCAAGAAAGCAGCAAACGGAGAAACACGUGAGGCCUUUUGUCGCAAGUGCCGUCGUGCGAAAAGCAAAUGCAUUUGCCAAACUCGAGCAAAAGCUCCAAAGGAGGAAGAGUUUUCAACUGUCCAAUUAGCAGGGAUGCUACAAGAUGCCCUUGUACUACGUGAAGAAUACGACGAAUUGAUGGAACAGGUCGAGUAA